UUACUGUCCACAAAAGGUGGGUUCCCCCAUGGGAACAUUUAUCUCGUGCAUCGAAGGGACGGGGAACUGAAAGCAAAGGGCGUCGCUUGUGUUUGUCUUCGACAGCUUGGAGAAUUCCCGAUCAAGAAGCCGCUAGCGUCUUUAGAAAGUGAAACGACACCACAACUGUGACUUGUCGAGAUGGAAAACCAAGGAUUCACCAUGACUGAAAACCAUGUGAACACAGAGAGCACGGGCGCAGAAGUUACACAACAACAGACGCAAACACAGGUUGAUAUGAUAAUGAACCACCAAAAUCAUGUCGUGGAGGGACAGACUAUGGAGCAAACACAGCGUCAGGAGAUUCCUGGCCAACAGCAGCAACCGGGGCAUAAACGUAGGAUGUUCAACAACCUGCGGUCCAUGAUGAAGGGUCCGAGCGUCACCAGGAGCGGACUGGACAAGAACAACUUCACACAGAAGAAGACCAUGGCGCAAGGCUUCAUGGACAUGGCGCUGAUAACGGCCAAUGUCGCUCAACUCAAACUCGUCAUGUAUGAGAAAUCUGUUCUAUUCAAAGAAUAG